AUGGCAUCAGGAACCUUCAAUCCCAGGUCAGCAAACUUCCAAAAGCAGUGGACUUUGCUGAAAGCCGCCAAGGUCUACCAUGCGCAGGUGGUGCCCUUUCUCGCAAGCCUGGAGGUCUCCAAUACCACGGUGGUCAAGUUCAUGAGGGUAUUUGGGCGCCUUACCUCGCUUGCGGAGGCGUGGCCUCAAUUCAACUUAGAAAGUCUUCAAAACACGGAUCCUGAGCUCCGGACCUUCAAGGAAAAGCUGGGCCAGCACUAUCUGCAGCUAGCACAGGACUCUAUCACGCAGAGAGUGCAACAAAAGCCUGCCCCUCUCAUGCUAAUGAGAAGAAACAAGCAUGGCACGACCGUCUCGGUUGCAGUGUUCUCCAUCGACCGAACGUAUCCCAAGACUAUUGACCGGAGCUUGCAAAAUGCAUUGAACAGGAGCGACGUCUGGAGAACAGUAAACAAUUCCUUGAUGCGCACGUUGGUGUCUUUGGACAUGGAUUGUUAUCCAAGAUUGUCAGUUGGACAAGUGUUCAAAGAAGCAGAGCGCCUGGAUGCUGGGCAUGGCCCGCAGUUAGAUCCUCCGCCUAGUACCGCGGAUGUUGUAAGGACGGCUCUUGUGCAGCUGCAACUGUCUUGUGCGUUUGGCGUGGUGGAAGUUGAGAAAAGCUUGCACAGGCCUUUGCUCCAGCGCGUGGCAACAUUGCUUCGGUGGCACUUAAAGGUGCUGCGCUUUAUAGACAACUGCUUCAUCUCUGAAGCUUGCGUGGACUUCCCUGCAGAGAUCGGAGAGCUGCAGAGGCAUGUUGACAGAGGUCUACAUGAGGCGCAGCAAGACUCUAAGCGAGGAGUUUUGAUGCUGGUGCUUCUUCCAAUGGACGAUUGGGCCAAUGUUGGUCAGAAUUCUUGUUUUUUGUUGUACCCAAACCUUCACUACUGUAGUAAUGAUGAAAGUAUCAUUAUUAAUGGCAAAUUGACAAUAGGAAUUGUAAUCAACAUAGUUAGUGCAGCAAUAAUAAUAAGAAAGCCCUAA